AUGGCUCAUUUGAAAGCAUGCCCAAACUGGCCAAUUCUUUCAGGAAAAUUACACAAAUACCCUCCACUCAAUAGCAGUGCAUCUACUGCUGCUGCUCAUACAAAGCCAGAAUGUAGAAGAGAAGUGGCUUGCUUGGAAGCAAGGCAGAAGGGCAAAAUUGUCAUGAGAAGUGGGGAGAAGAGGAGGGGUAGUUUGGUAUGUAGGAGUAGUAAUUCAAGCUCAGCUGGUGGAGUGGGUGUUGUUGGGGAAGAGGGAGAAGGUGGGGAUUCUGGGGAUGGUGAGGGGCAGUUUGGGUAUUUGGUGAGUGAGUAUGGAUGGAGGGUGAGGAGGUUGGUUGAGGAGGAGGAUGAGAUGAGGAGAGUGGCCUAUGUUCAGGCUCAGGCAUUUCAUAUGCCUAUGGCUGUCUUCAAUGAUUUCUUCUUCGAAUUCUUUCAGGCAGAAGUUCUUGCUGCUCUCAUCUACAAGCUUAGGAAUUCACCACCGAACAGCAGGUAUGCUUGUUUGGUUGCUGAGCCUACGGAUGGUUUUGAUUUUUCACUGCGCCCUUCACAAGAAGGGGUUGUGGGUGUUGUGGAUGUCACGGUUAUGAGAGAUGAUGACAUUCUUAGGCAUCUUGAUGGAGCUGAAGAAUACCUUUACAUAUCUGGGAUAGCUGUGCUGACAGACUUCAGGAGGCAGAAAGUAGCAACGGUAUUGCUUAAAGCCUGUGAUCUACUCUCACUAACAUGGGGUUUCAAAUAUCUAGCCCUGCGAGCUUAUGAAGAUGAUUCGGCUGCACGCAAAUUGUAUUCAAAUGCAGGCUACAAAGUUGUUUCUAGAGAUCCCCAGUGGAUGACUACUUGGAUUGGAAGAAAGCAGCGUGUUCUUAUGAUAAAAAAGUCUGGUCUAGGGGAUUGGUGCUGAGUCAUUCAGCCACCAAGAGAACUGAAACAGCAUGGAAGAGACCACUGUCAACGACUAAUCUCUACCAAGCUGAAUUCCCAACAGUUACUCAUUCCAUAUUUAUGUUAUUGUAUGUACCAUAUGUAUUGCAAGUACUUCGCUGGUCAGAUGCACCAAAUUUCAUGAAAUUCCACAAA